CGCGCGCCGGGUACCUGAUGUGGCCGCCAGAGGGCAGCCAGGGAGCGUGCCCGGUCGGGGCGAACCCCCCAGAUGUGACUCCUGCCCUGGGCCGUGCUCCCAGCCAUGGCUGACACCAUCUUCAGCAGUGGAAAUGACCAGUGGGUUUGCCCCAACGAUCGGCAGCUUGCUCUGAGAGCCAAGCUGCAGACAGGCUGGUCUGUGCACACAUACCAGACGGAGAAGCAGAGGAGGAGCCAGUGUUUGAGUCCCGGAGAACUGGAGGUCAUCCUGCAGGUCAUCCAGAGAGCAGAGCGGUUGGACAUCCUGGAGCAGCAGAGGAUCGGGCGCCUGGUGGAACGGCUGGAGACGAUGCAGCGGAACGUGAUGGGCAAUGGCCUCUCCCAGUGUCUGCUCUGCGGGGAGGCGCUGGGCUUCCUGGGCAGUGCCUCUGUGUUCUGCAAAGACUGCAGGAAGAAAGUCUGCACCAAAUGCGGGAUCGAGGCCUCCCCCGGCCAGAAGCGGCCCCUGUGGCUGUGUAAGAUCUGCAGUGAGCAAAGAGAGGUCUGGAAGAGGUCAGGGGCCUGGUUCUACAAAGGGCUCCCCAAGUACAUCUUGCCCUUGAAGACACCUGGCCGGUCUGAUGAUCCCCAUCUCCGACCUUUGCCUGUGGAGCCCACAGAACCCCAACCUCAGAGAGCAGAAGCCAGCCGUGUCUACACUUGGGCCCGAGGGAGAGUGGUUUCCAGUGACAGUGACUCAGAUCUCAGCUCCUCCAGCCUGGAAGACAGUGCCAUGGCCACUGUGGUCAAGGGCACAAAAGGUGACAAGCCUAGAGGGGACGCGGGUGGCAGCGUGGAGUCACCCAGGAUGGGGCCUGUCUGCCCACCCAGCCAUCUCUCGGGUAGCCAGAGCAGCCUGGCCAGUGAGACUGGGGCAGGUGCCUCAGACCCACGGGGAGGCCCCAACCCUGGCCUGAGCCCAGGGUGUCCGGUAAAAGACACACACGGGCAACUCCCCGCUGCUGAUGUGGCCACCUGGCAUGCCUAGGCUGAGCAGACCCUCCAGAGGAAGAUUCGGGGAGAGAUCUCAGCGCUCCCUGGCUCCUUUCUGAAGGUCCUUGAGGUCUUGCAAGCACCCUGAUGGCCUUGACCUCCAACUCAACAAACCAGUGUUUGGGGACCGAGUGCUUGUCCCCACCUAGUGCCUUGCUGCACCCUCCUAAGCAGAAAGCCUCGUUUUCUACCGCCGCCUUUAUUUAUUGUCCACCCCAGUCAUCCCCAUGUCUUGCUCUGCUUGGGUCUUGGGUUGGACUGGGAGGGCCUUCCUAUAUGCACUGAAAUUUCAGUGGGGCCACACAGGGCUUUCUUUGUGCUAAUGGUGAGAAGAAAUCUAACCCUGAGUGUGACCCUGCAAAGCUGAGUGAUCCCUCAGUGUGGAGCAGUGUCCUAUCUGCCCCAGGCUAGCCCAGGAACGGGGUUUAACCCAGCUUUGAGGUUUCCCUGAAGACCCUGUUGGCCUCCAGGUUUUUGCUCAGCCUGGGCACAUAGCUCCCCUAAUAUUAAAACACUUUUUGUUCUUCAAUGGAAAACAAGGCUCCUACCCUGCCUCAUGCUCACUGGCCCAGCCUGGGAGUUUCUCAUUCUCAAACCAAAGAAGGCAUGAAAAAUACUCAAACUGUAAACCUUCCCUGGGUGGGUGGGUGUGUCUGUGCUCUUCCUUCCUGUUAGUCUAUUUCCAUCCUUCCCCACCAUCCUCAGUCCUUGGAGUGUUUUCUCUCCAAGGCCACCACGUUAGCCUUGUGCCCUUGCUGCAGGCAGAAGACAAAGAAACUCUCGGUUUCCCUGUGACAUGUAAUGCUUCAGGGUUAAAAUAAUCAACAUGAGAAUUCUCAUGGAGCCACUCUUGACCCAAAGACCACAAUCGCCACAUUCAAACCUGUAUUGGGAUGGCAGUGGGUGGAUUAAAAUAAAAUUUUAAAAUGUA